AUGUCCAACAGAAAUAAGAAGUCUAAAAGUCCAUAGAUGCAAUAACCAAAAAAUAUUGACAAAGAUUUAAUGAAAUAUUUGAUAUUAUAGAAGAUAGUUAAACCAUAAGUGCCAGCAGAAUUGAUUACAAAAACAUAACCAGAUGAAGAUUCUGAAGUUGAAGAUUUCAAACAUGAGAUUGAAUUGAAGUAUUUAAAUAAUAAAGUCUAGGUUUAAGAAUUGUAAAAUUAAUCAUACUUUUAAAUUCCCAAAAGAGAACUACGAAUCAUCAUCAGAUACAUCUUUGCAAUCCUUAAAAGAUAUUACAUCAUAUAACCUAAAUUGUGAUAAUUUGGAUAGAUUAACUGAUGCUACUUAACCUCAUUUUAUAAAAGCACUAAAUGAGAGAUUAAUCAAAUUAACUGAUCUCAUUGUUGAUGAAUCCCAAACUAAAGCUAAAUAAUUCAAUUAUGCCCCUAAUUUAAAGUCUUCAAGGUUUAAAAUCUUUAUAAUUUAGAAUGUAGAAAUUACGUGGAACCAAUAUAUCUAAUACAUCUAUUACAAAACCUACAGAAUUAUCUGUCAAUGGAACUAGUUAAAGUUAAGGGAGAGAAAGUGUGAUUACAAAACCUUCAUCAAAUCUAGGUUUUAGAGCUACACCUACAAUAUCAUCUGAAAAAAAAAAUUAAUCAAGAUAAAUUCAAUAAAUCUUGAAAAUUACUUAAUAAAAAUAUAUGAAUAAUUAAAAGUAAUUCCAUUGUAGAUUUAUAGCAUAGGUGGAACUUUUUAUAGAAAAACUCCAUAGGUCAACAACAAUUACAUCAAUAUUAAUUCUAAUAUUAAUAAUAGUAUAGUGGUUAAUGGAAAAAAGAAUUUCCAAGAAAUUAGAAUUAAAACUGAAUAAGAUGAACCUGAAAUUAGUUUAUAGUAAUACUAGGUAAUUCCAAAUUCUAGGUAUUUAUUUUUAUAUUAAAUCAGACCUAAAAUGAGAGAGUCUACUAUAAAGGGUAAAAAAUUGGACAUUUCAAUUGGUUAUAAAAAUCUUACUUUAGACAGCCAAUAUAUGGAAAAUUGUAGUCGUCAUGCUAAAAGUUAAAAUAAGAAUUAUAAGGUUUGA